AUGGCAUUACGACCAAAGAGGCGGUGGAACUCAGUAAAAGCUCUUUGUUUCACUGAAAAAUCAGCUCGGUGUUUUUGUUUGUUCUCGAAAGUUAAAUCAGACGAUGAUGUAACCAUAAGUAGCCCGGUGUACCUCAAUGUGUAUGACUUGACCCCGAUAAAUGGUUAUCUCUAUUGGGCUGGCUUAGGUAUAUUUCACUCCGGUGUAGAAGUACAUGGCGUAGAGUAUGCAUUUGGAGCUCACGAUUACUCGUCUAGUGGCGUCUUUGAAGUCGAGCCACGCCAAUGUCCUGGAUUUCAGUUCAGGAAGUCCAUAUUUAUUGGAAGCACGAAAUUGGAUGCCACUCAAGUUAGGGAGUUUAUGGAGCGACAAGCGGCUUAUUAUAAUGGUUGA